GGUAUAAAAUACCCCUCACACCCACCACCCAAGGCACCAUUGUCGCACGCAGCAGCUCGAUAGCCAAGUGCAGUGUAUACUUGUGCGGUAGGCGGCGAGCGAGAGAGCCUAGACGCUCGACGGAAGAGAGGCGGAGCUUGGAGGUGGUUCAUAGCACGGUGCUCCCCUCCCUUGCUCUGCGUUUUCGUUGUGGUGAAGAUGGCGAUAUCGAUGGAGCGCAGGAAGAUGAAGCCCGUCCUUGCUCUCGUGCUGCUGCUGUCGUGCCAUCUUCUUCUUCCGCUGGUCUCCUCCGUGCCUGUGUCGAGAAGCGUGGCCUUGGGAAAUCAUCUAGCCUCAGCUUCUAGUCUAACUCUGGAGGCGGCGCCUGUUCAGGGCGUGGUGACCGCGGCCGCUGAGGAGCGAAGCGUCGUCGGCGAAGUGGUGGCGCGGAUGGACAUCGAGGUCAACGACUACCCUGGAUCCAGCGCCAACGGCCGCCAUGAGCCGCCCAGGAGCCCCGGGCGGGGGUGAAGUCGAUCCGCAGAACCUCCGUGUAUAGGGAGAUUAGUAAUGGCUCUUCUCUAGUCUAGAUAGCGCUUGAAGUCCGGAAGAUACUUGUUGGUGGCGAGUCCAACGGGUUAAACAUGUUUCUGCUAGCUCUCAAGAGCAAGGAAAGAAGCAUUCUAAGCACUUUUCGAUAGUGUCAAAAAUGGUCUUACAUUUUGGGACGUAGGGAGUAUAUUAUAUGCGUGUACCCAUAUGUUCAUGUUUUUCAUUCUUUUGAUAGAGUAUGGACAUCUGUGUAUGUCAAUUUGUACUCAAUGACACCAAAUGAACAAGACCGAGCGGGGAGAAUUCUAUC